AUGCGAAGAUGUUUAAGCUCUGCUUCUAAACUUUUUUUGCGAAAAAAAACUCUCCGUGAUCGAAGCUUGUUCUUCGUCUUUCGCCGGAGAAAAAGUGGAGUUAGAGCACCUCUGAAUUUCGAUUUCGGUGAGAUCUUUGACUCCUGGGGGAAAAUCCCCAACAAUCACUACUCCGCCGGAAAAAUAUCACCGGAUGGUUCUUACGACGCCGCCGAGGACAAAGAGAGCUUUGCGUUUUUGGAUUCUGUUCUUAAAGACGAUAAAUCUGAGUUUGUUUCCCACGCUAAACGCCUCUUCAACGGAGAAGAGUUAGAGUCCGGGAGAUUCGAGUCUUUAAAGCUUCUCAACGUUUGUUGCGGUUACGAUUCUAUCAACUGCGCUUCUUCCAUCAUCAACGGAGAUGUUGGAUCGGUUCCGUAUAUCAACGAUGUUGAUGCCGGUUCGGGAUUCUCGCCGCUGCACGCGGCUGCUGAGGCUAACGCGCCACGGUGUGUGGAGAUGUUGCUUAAACGACGCGCUCGUACAGAUAUCAAAAGCAAAGACGGACGCGGUUUGGUUCCUCUGGAGCUCUCUCUCUGCAAUGGCAGCCUACAUGUGACCUGGAAUCCAAAUGGUGACUCUAUUGGAGACUUGAUACUUCAGCUUGGUGACAAGGACAUGACUGUGGUGAAACUACUUGCUGAAAAGACAAAGGACUUGGAGACAGUGGCAUGUACAUUUGCCAGGGCAGGUGCAAUAGUUCCUUUGACUACAUUGCUGAUAGUAGCAACUGACAGGAUCAGAGAGGCAACUGUAGCAUUACAGGAUGAUGAUGAUAUUAUGCCAAAGCCUAAAACAACAAUCUAUGAGUCUGUUAUUCAAGAAGCGCUGCGCAGUAACAGCUCGAUGCAAAGUGUAUGCAACCAGAAAAGAAUGCUUUUGCUUCAGGAGAUUGAGCUCCUUCAGCUCUUUGGUGCUGCGGUUUUUAGUGAAUUUGUGGAUAAGCAAACCUCAUCGCUUAUGACCAUCGUACAGGCUGGAGACGAAGCUGUUCUUGAACUGCUUGUAAACACCAACAUCGACGUUAACGAAACAGAUGCAGAAGGGAAUACUGUUCUUCAAUGCAGCCUAAAGGGAUCGUCUGUACCACAUAAGCAGCAAACCAGAAUCAUGAACCUACUUAUUGCACACGGUGCACGAAUUACCCAAAAGAACAAGUUGGGUUUAUCUGCCGCACACUUUGCUGCUGCAAUUGGAAAUUUAUCUGCACUUGAGUUUCUACUAGCAGCCAACCCUGAGUUGGUUCACGCCAAGACAGUAAUCAAAGAGACACCGCUAUUCUUUGCAGUGAAGAAUAACCAUCUUGACUGCGUUGAGCUGCUUCUUCAAUGUGGAGCAAGUACAGAAAUUCAUAAUCUACGAAAACAGAGACCAAUAGAGCUAACACAGUCACAAGAUAUACGGUUCCUCCUUAACCCAACAAAUAUCAGUUGCUUUAGCAAAGAAACAGAACUUGCGCAGUUACGUAGUGCAGUUCCACCAACAAAAGCAGAUGAUAAAGAAACCAGUUUCCAGGGCACUUCCGUCCCACUGUGGCUAAAAAAGUUCGAAAAGUGGCUUCCUCGGUACCUCCAAGAUUCAUCAGACAGCUUUGGAAGAACUAGAUAUCCCCUCUCAUCACUCAAAGCUGAUUUCCAUGCUACUUUUGGCAUGGAUCUCGAUCACUCCUCUCUUGGUUUCUCCAAACUCAUCGACUUCGUCAAAUCUUUUCCAAAACUCUGUCAAAUGAAAGUUGUCCCCGUUGGUAAAUCUGGACCUGCAACCCACUGGGUGCUGUUACCUUCCAAGUUUCCUCAGCUCAAAGGAAGACCUCCUGAGCCACUCAUCAUCAGUAACAAUGAAUCUCGCUCUCCCAACAAACUGAAAGCCUCAUCAACGCCAGAUCCUAUAUGCAGUGACAGCUUCAUACAACAAACACCUGUCUCUAAGACCUUGAAGCCAGAACCAGAACCUCAACCUCCGUUGGUUGCAUCUUACAGCAACCAUGCACAAGUCAGUAAGAGCUUGAAGCCAGAACCAGAACCUCAACUUCACUUGGCUUCAUCUUACAGCAACCAUGCACAUGUCAGUAAGACCUUGAAGCCAGAACCUGAACCUUUCUUGGCUGCAUCUUACAACAACCAUCAUCAGCUAAAACAUCCGGUUCUAGAGACACUUGCGAAGAUCAGAAACAGCACAUCCAUUUUCUUUCUCCGUGAGUUCGACUUUUAUCAAGUAAGAGCAAUCCCACUCUCUGCUCCUUUUUUUCAUAUAUCGAAUCCUGUCAUUGAUUUCCUCACCAGGGAAGUGUCAUAUUUGCAGAGCUAUGAGACAAGUUUAAGGCAAGGAAUGUGUUUCUGGUGCAACAAGAGCAUGCUUCUAUGGGCAAACUUCCCAUGCCGACACAAACUCUGGUGCAGCUCUUGUAAACAAGAGGUUACUCAAUCUGCAGGAAGAGACAGCCUUGAAGAGCAACACAGGUGUGUGGUCUGUGAUGUGAAAGUGGAACGUUUCAUCUUGUCUCCACCGUUUGGUUUCGAUCACAAUGGUCUCCCUAACGACGCUGAAUUAGCCACUUCAUUCCUUCAGUUUCUGAGUAUAAGGAAUACCAUGUACAAGCAACAGACCAUUGCUCAGAUACAUCAUCAUGGGACAUAG